GUUUUCUGUGUCUCCUUGUCUGUCCCUGAUGUUCCGCUUCCCCUCCUCUGCGCCGCCCAUCUUUCUUCUCUUCUCUUCUUUCCCCCUCAUGCUUCGUUUCCAAGUUCUCUCUCGUCCUUGCAGGCGUUCGGUCUCGAGUCUUCUUCUUCUUCCACAGGACAGGAAGUAUUUCGUCCUCUCCUGACUCCGCAGACCUCUCCUUUCCCCUACGCGUCGCCUUUGCCUCCCUUUGUCGUCUUCUUUUUGUGAACUACGUCUGGCUUUCUCUUCCGCUGGAUGCGCGGCGACAUGGAAGCGGAGAGAGAGGGAAGAACGCACACUUGAGAACUUCAACAAGAGCCCCGCGACUGUGCUUCCGAAAAAAGAAUCGUCUUCUCCGCCUGUCUGUUCCGCUUGUACGCUUUGCCUUCCUUGUCCUUUUACUCUCGCUUUCGUCUCCUCUCAGCUUCCUCCCGCCGAACUCCAGACUCACAGCAGAACUCAAGUCCGUCUGUCACUGAGCUGCAGGUUCUUCCUCGUCUUCUCCUCGCUGUCCUUCUCUCGUUGUUCUCUCUCUUUUCCUCGCGUGCAGCUGCGGCUUGAUUCCUUCCUCUCUUGGACCUCUUGUCUGACAGUCUGUCUCUAUGGUGCGCCUCCACCUCUCCCCUUCCGUUUCUCUUGCCUCUUUUUCUUUUUUCUCCCUUGUCUGAGCUGUCUCUCGCUUCUUCCUUGAGCUGGAAAGAAUGCGCCGUCCUUCUCUCUUCUCUUUCCUCUCUUGUUCUCUCUUUCUUCUCGCCUGCAGUUCGGCUGUCUCUGCCCUUCCUCUGGCGGCGCCCCUCCGGUCUGCUCCGUUGUGUCCUUUCGCUUCGUCCGCCUCGUCCUCUUCUCUGCAUCGGAGACCCGCCGGUCUCCGAUGCACUCCGCAUUUCGCCUUUGCCUCUUUCGAGAAAGCCAAAGGAAGCGAGAAAUGCGAACCAGCCAAAACACCCAGACCAUCUGUAGAGACCGCAGACGGCGAACUCCUUCGUCGAGAUCCUGCCGAUCCUUCUUCCGGAAGCGCGCGAGUGUGCGGUGUACAUACAUCCGGCGUUCCGCUUGCGACGGUCCCGAAAGCGAAUAAUGAGAGAUGUGAAGGAAAGAGGCACUUUCGCUUUCGGACUAACGACGAGGAAGGCAAUCAUGGAAACGAACUGGAAGGUCGAUUUGAGGAGCCUGAGGAGCCUGACAGGGCGGCAGAGGGGCAGGAAAAAAGGAGGAGGGAGAACUCUGGCAAAACGCCAGGCAGAGCCACAGGAAAGAGAAAACCUCUAAACGGCUACCAUGCGUCGUGGUUAGCCUCGGCUUUCAACCGACAUCAGGCUUCUCACAUUCACUCUCUCCGGGUGUCUUCCUUUCGCUCUCCUCUCUCUUCGUUCCUCUCUUCUUCACAUUCGUCUUCUCUCGCGCUUUGUUCUUCCUCGUUCUCUCCGUUCGCCUCCUUGCUGUCGCCGUCACCUCUCUUCCUCAAUCCUGCUUCCUCGGCUUCUGGACGGCGCGUCUCUCUCUCCAACUUUCUUUCUUCUCCCUCUUCGUCUUCUCCCUCCGUCUCGGCUUCCUCGUCUUGUUCUUCAUCUUCGUCUUUGCUACGAGCUUUGGUCGCGUGUCACUCUUCACCUCAGACAGCGUCCGUCUCUCUUUCGCCUCCUCGCGGCUCCUCGUUUUCCAGUCUCUCUCCCUCUGUGCUGCUGCGGAGAUCGGAAACGCGGACUCAAGCUCCGACUCUGCAAGCUCCGCUGCUCAGCGUCCGCGGCAGUUGGCCUCCAGACGCCGGCGAUGACCGCGAGACGGAGAAGAGACUGUCUCCUCUCCGGAUCGACUACCGCCAGGCCUUUGAGUUGCUCGAAAAGGCAGAUCCCACAGGCAUCAAAGCUCUGACGGCUGCGUACAAUGCAGCGCUCCAUGCAUGUGAACGGCAGAGAGACCGUCCAGGCGCCCUUCGCAUUUACGCAGCCAUGAGAGAAAAAGAAAUUCCAAUAGAUGUUGUGACCCUGCACUCGCUCUUCACUCUUCUAGAAGCGUUCGCAGAUGACACAGCGCUCUUGCAGAUCUUGGCCCAAGUCGACUCGGCCGACCCUGAGUCGUCGAUGGCUUUCCUUUCGCGUUCGCCGUCGUCUUCUCUGUCUCCUUCUCCUCGGUCGGACUCUCAGGCGUCGCCGACGGUUUCCGUCACUCCAUCGCUUCUCUCUCUAGGCAUCUCUACGUGUUGCCGCGCGGGGAACGCCACAGCCGCUGUCCAGCUGAUGGAGAGACUGAAAGUUCUUUUGCGCAGAAAUGCCGACAAGUUCCUUCUCAACUUCACCUCCGUUCUGCCUCCCGACACAGCCGACGCGACUGCGGCCGUCGCUCACCCGCCGACUGGGGUGUAUGUACAGCUGGUCGUCGCGCUGACCCAGGAGGGCAGAUACGAAGAAGCUCUAGCAUACUACGAAGAACUGAAAUCGCUGCAGAGACGGUUCGUGGAGAAGCAACAGCUGCUUGAGAGAGAAGUCGCGCGGCGGGCAGAGCUGGUGGAACGUGAGUUAAAGAAUGCUCCAGAGCAGGAAAGGAAGAAGCUGCUGGGCGACAUCGAGAGACAAGUUGUUGAGGAACAAGAACUCCUCCUAGAAGACUACCAGCCCCCCAUCAGCGCUGUCAACGCUGCACUUGAAGCCUGUCUCUGCACCGGCCGCCUUAAGCAAGCUCUUCUGAUUUACAAAGAAGACGUGGAGUUUCCAGAAAAGCAACGUCUCCGUGCAGGCGAGGCUCUUGACCAAGAACUCGCGCCGAGCAAGGCGGCUCCGACGCUGCGGACGUUUGAGUUGCUUCUGCGCGCAUGCAGUCAACAGCGACAGGCCUUUGCGCUUGCUCAGAUUUGGCGGGACUUUGAGGAGCUCCAGGCGACAGUUGCCGAGACGCAGAACGCGUCUCCCUUCCGCCUCCCCUCGGCUGCUCCGUGCGUCGCCUCCGCGAUCCAAGGCUUCGCCGCCUGCGGACUCUGGACCUACGCGCUGCGGCUUCUUUUGCUUCUCCACAAGGAGACAGGCGACGCGAGACAGAGACACUGCGAGCUUCUCUCCGACCUCCUGCGAGACGCCCGAGAGGCUGCCGAAAGGUCAGGAGCGGCGCGAGAGACACAGAGCAAAAUGAGGAGCGAGAACGAAGGAGAACGCAGCAGCGAACAGAAGGACGGCGACGCAAGAGCAGCCGCGAGUGAGAGCGGAGACUGGGAGCGGUGUCUGGAAGGGCAUUUCGUUGAUUUGGGCGUGGAACCGUACCUGGCAGUGCUUCGCGCCUGUCGAGAUGUUGGAGCGUGGAAGCCUGCGCUUGGCAUUCUUCGUCUCCUUCAGCAGCGUCACACGCAGGCGAAACUGCUGCAUGCACUGGGGGCGGCGCGCGAGCGGCGCGAGGCCGAGCGACGCGAGCAGUUUCAGCAACGGGUGAGGGCGCUGCGGAGGCGUCUCUCUGAAGCCAAACGGAAGACGAACGGUGCGGACUGUGUGGGCGAGACCGCCGAACGGCAACGGCCAACUUCAGCAACCGCCACUGGCGACUCCGAUCCCCUCCUCUCCCGAGACAUGGAGCGCUUCCUUGGGUCUCUGCACAACUCAGUGGCGGUUGGGAGGACGCCGCUGUUGCCCGAGUUCCCCUACGAGGCGUACGCCCUGACUCUGGGCACCAUGGCGGCAGCGGGAGCCUGGGACAGAGUGCUGGCGGUGUCUUCGGAGUUCUUCUCUCGGCGAGACUCCGGCGCAUGCGGUUCUGCAAGCUUGAGAGCAGAUGGCCCCGCAGGCGAAGCGAACGAAGAGAGAAAACCGGCGAGACGAGCUGUGGGUUUCGGAGGAGAACGCGACGAAGGAGGACAGCCGGAAAGAGGAGCAGAGGGCGAGCGGCGAGACGCCCCGCUGGAAAUAAGGAAGAGUGUGCAUGCGUACAGACUGAUGGCCUUGAUGCACUUGGGGAGACACCAAGAGGUCGAGGCAGAAAGACGAAGCCUCAUUCGGCUGACCGAGAUGGAGAGGAGGACGCGCGAGCGCCGAGACGCGAGGCAGCGAGAGAGAGAAGGCGGAGAAGAAAAGCGAGAAGAAGGGAAGGGAAGUGAAGAGGCGUUUUUGCCCAAAUGGAGAGAAGAAACAGAGCACGAGGAGGGCGAAGGAGGCGAAGACGAAGGCAGUCACGGAAUCGCUACCCUCGUUCUCGAAGAAGCAGAAACCUGGCUCAUGCGUGGAGUGACCCGAGAGAGACGAACGCAAGGAAAAGACAACAUAUAUCCAACGCCUUCGAUCCACGAGACGACACCACACACUUAUGAAGCAACUCAUCAUUCCUUCCCUUCUCCCUCGAAAUCCUCUUCUGCUUCCUCUUCUGCUUCCUCUUCUGCUUCCUCUUCAGCUUCCUCUUCAGCUUCCUCUUCAGCUUCCUCUUCAGCUUCCUCUUCAGCUUCCUCUUCAGCUUCCUCUUCAGCUUCCUCUUCUUCUCCUCUGCAGCCAUCCUUUAUUGCUGGCUCGGGAGGAGGCAGAAGCAUGUCCCUGCGCGACGUUCAUCACCUUGGAGGAGUCUCUGCCAUGUCAGAGGGUCUCAAGGAAGGCAGGGGAGAAGAAACCUCAGUGGCAAGGAGGGAAGAAUUCCUCAUUGGUGGUGGAACAAAGAGGAAGGUUUGUGUCCAAGAUGAGGAUCGAGGAGACGCUGUUGCUGAAGGCGAAGCGAAUCACGAGUCGGUAUGCCAAGACGAAACGGGGGAAGAACAUUCGGGGAGAAGUCUAGAUCGCUUUUUCGCGGGUCUUGAGCCUGUGUCUGAACGCGAGGCGCGUGCUGUCGCGGAGGCGGUAGAGAGACGAAGAACGGAGGAACAUUGGAGACAAGAGAAGAUGCAGAGUGGAGUAAAACGGGCGACGGGGGACAGGGAGGGAAUGCAGCCGAAGAGAUCGGCCGAUCCGGAGGGCGACAAGAACGAUCCUGGUUGUCAAACAGCAGGAAACGAUCCCGGGGGAGAGACAGGACUGAGACGACGAGAAGGAGAGAGAGACGGAGUGAAUGAAGAAGCGGGAGGUAGAGAGAAAGGCGCAUCAGGGCAGAUAGAACGAGAGAGAGAAGGAGAACACGAUACAGAAGAAGCAAGAGAGAGACUCGAAGAGAAAGAAGAAGAGAGAGAAAAAGAGAACAGUGAACGGGAAGGGAGAGCAAUAAGAGCAGUUUCAGGAGAGAGAGGAUUGUCGGUUUCUGCUUUCUUGAGUUCCGUCCUCGGCCCGCGUCGCGCGGUGCUUGAGAGCAUGCGGGAAGAGCCGGUUUUGGAGGACACGGUGACCGAGGAACCUGAGAGCCUUGAACUGCAUGCAGACGCAGAAGCGCAGCUGGAGGCGAAGCAGAGGGAAGGCGAGAGCCGCGACAGAAGCGGUGAAAACACAGAAGCCUCAACGGAGAGGAGAAACUCGCCAGACCGAGAAGAAGAGAAACAGGAUCCUGUCACGACGGCAACCCAGGAGACAGAUGCGAACACUGGGGGAACACUGUCGCAGGCGGGAGGAAGAAAGAGUGAAGCAGCUUCCAGAUCCGAAUCUGUCGAGACGAGUCUGGAUCUUCUUCUUCGACUCAAGCACAAGACGCCGGCAGAGACGCAGCAGCUCGAAGAUGGACCGCCUCGCUGGCUCGCCAGGCGAAGCGGCACAGGGGAGCCGGGAGCUGAGGCCGUCGCAGGUAGCCGCCGGGGUGUACAUCCACCCGACGGCCGGGCGGGAGUCGGGAUCCCUGGAGGAGGCGCAGGCUCUCAGAGGCAGAGACAGGAGACGAGAGGGCAGAGUGCAUUUCUCUUUGCAGGUGACCACGGCUGGGGAUGGCCGCCGCACUGGGAAGAAAAACUCGACAAGGCUCGAGCCAGAUUGCAGCGAACGAACGACGAAAGUGGAGAGACCGAGGAAAAUGCAAAGACAGAGACCCCUUGGGGGAUGAGACCGACCUAGGCACUCGCCGAGAAAAAAGCUGGCGUGAGGAGACAGGAAAGGGGAACUCGUAAAGAGAGAGAGAGGGAGACCAGAGAGAGAGCAAGGGAGGACUGGAAGGCAAAGAGACGUGGAGGGAGAGGGAGACAGAGGGACAGGCAGCAGUAAAGAAGUUCAUCUGUCGCGAUUCACAAGGAAACGGAUGCGACAUGUGCUCCCCUUGUCAAACUGAAGCACUAAUGAUGUCUGUAAUGAU